AUGAGUAUUUCAUCAGAGCACAAGCCCCUUGGGAAGCAGGUCACCGGCAGCCUGCAUAUGGUGAGUAAGUUGUCACCAAUUGUAGAGUUAAAUGUUGGCGGGGAAAUGUACACAACAACGCUGAGCACCUUGAAGAAACACCCUGGCUCCAAGCUGGCAGAGAUGUUUACUGGCCAGCCCAAACUCAGGACUGACUCUGAAGGGAGGUUCUUCAUCGACAGGCCAGGCACCUACUUCAAAUACAUCUUGGAGUACCUGCGCAGUAACCAAGUGCCCACCCAGUGCGUCCAGGACGUCUACAAGGAGGCGUUGUUCUAUGACAUAGAGCCUUUGAUCAAGCAGCUUGAGGACUCCCCACAGAUCUUUGGGGAGCUUGUGGCGAGGAGGCAGUUUCUGGCCCGUGUGCCCAACUACAGUGAGAACAUUGAGCUGAUGAUCCGCAUUGCAAGGGCAGAAGCAGUUGCGUCCCGACAGUCCAGUGUCAUCGUAUGCGUGGUCAGAACUGAGGAGGACGUGGCCAGGUGUCAGGAUGCCUUGAACAGUUUGGACAUGGAUAAAAAAUCCGUGGUGAAGUUUGGCCCCUGGAAGGCUGUGCCAAGCAUUUCUGAUCUACUGGACUGCAUUCAAAUGGAUGUUGAAGCCAAAGGGUAUAAAAUAUCCUUUCAACCCCAUGUUGCUGAAAAAGGUUUUCGCUUCAAAUCACAUGACUUUUUCUACAAAUUCUUGUUCACCUGGUGGUAG